AUGUGCACUCACUUCAUGCUUUUUCCCUCUUCAGAAUUUUGCUGUGAAUUCAGAGAGCAGUUUUUGAUUUUAUGUUUUUAUUUUUCUCUCUCUUUCUCUCUCUAGACCUGCGCUCGAGAUUCUGUUGUUCAUAGCGGCAUUUUCCGGAAGAGAUUUGCUUGUCGAGGGACGAAUUUUGCGCUAUUUUGUCAGCUAUCGAGAUGGUUAAUCGUUCUUCGGCCUGAGCUGCCAUGAAUUCUAACUUCUAAUUGAAUAGUUUAAAGUCAACUUCGAAGAAAUUUGCAUCAUUUCGAACAGUUUCACCUAAACAUUGGGGGCAGAGGAGAGGCAGGCUCGGACGACAUGUAUCAGACAUAUCCCUGGAAUUCUUAGCUGCUGUUGAUUUUUGCUUGUAGUUUCAUCUGCUCAACUUCAAGAGUGAGAUGUUGGAGACAGAAUCAUGCCCUUCGCGAGUUCUGUCGCCUUUCCGCGAGGAAAGCGGAGACGAAGAGCUGUCUGUCCUCCCAAGGCAUACGAAGGUUAUUGUGACAGGAAAUAAUAGAACAAAGAGCGUUUUGGUGGGUCUGCAGGGCGUUGUUAAGAAGGCUGUUGGACUUGGUGGUUGGCAUUGGCUGGUUUUGAAGAAUGGGGCUGAGGUGAAGCUUCAAAGGAAUGCUCUGAGUGUGUUAGGGCCUCCUACGGGCAAUGAAGAAGAUGACGAGUACGAUUUUGAUGAUUUCAGCAGUGGUUCAGAUGUCGGUGAACCCGACCAUCACCGCUACUCCACUAGCUUUCACUUAAGCAAGAUCAGCAAGCCUAGAGUUCGGUACACUAGACCAUGGUUGCCUCCGGCAUCCACCACUUCAAUUAACCGCGGCAGUUGCAGAGAAGUUCAAUCCAAGUUUCAUGCGGCCCAUUUGAGGGUGAAUUUAGCAAGGCUCGGUACAGGGUCGAUGUGGAGAUAUUACCGAAGCUUCCGCCUCGCUCAUGUUAGUCCUAACCCGUCAAAGGAACAGCUGAUUAACGCAAUCCAGCAGCAUUUUUUGUCGCAGCAUGUGGACGAGGCGCAAGUGAUUACGGAAUUCAUUCAUGCUGCCAAGAGACUGCAGUCGGUCGAAACUAACUGAGAGAGGGAGAGAAUUGACGAUCGAUUGAUCAUCGACGGGGAGUCCAUGAUUAAUUGCACAGCCAGGUUUCUUCUUCCAUCACUGCUUGUAACAUGUGCGUUGGAAUGUGUAAGCGUGUGUGUGUAUAUAUAUAUAUAUAUGUGAAAUCUAUGAAUGUGUGGGUAUUUAUGCAUAAUACUCAUGGACCCUAAUCCACCUCUAAUUGACUACUGCUCUGCUGAAUAGAUUUUUAACCUCAUUA